AUGGUGGUGUCCCAGUUCUACAUCCUGUCCCCGCGGGGGGACACCAUCAUCAACCGCGACUUCCGGGGGGACGUGUCCAAGGGGAGCGGCGAGAUGUUUUUCCGAAACGUGAAGCUGCACAAGGGAGGAGACGCCCCCCCGCUGUUUUACCUAAACGGGAUCCACUUCACAUAUUUAAAAAACAACAGUCUCUAUUUCGUGUUUACGUCUCUGCUUAACUCAUCGCCUAGUUAUGUCCUGGAGCUUCUCUACCGGGUGGUAAAAAUUGUGAAGGACUUCUGUGGGCAAAUAAAUGAGGAGGUGAUCCGAGCGAAUUUCAUUUUGAUAUACGAAAUUGUAGAUGAGGUAAUUGACUAUGGGUACAUUCAGAACAGCAGCACAGAAAGCAUUCGCCAUUUGAUUCACAACGAGAUAAGUGCUUCAUCCGAUGUGUGUGUGGGUGGUGGAAGUGGAGGUGGAGGGACAUCUUCCAGUGGUGGGAGCAUCACUGCUGGGGGAGUGGCCAGUGCAGUGGGGAACACCGUCGGAAAUAGCAUCACUAGUAUAAGCAACAGCACGAAGAGGCUAGCCAACCUUUCCACUUUCACAAUGAAGAACUCAAACACGCUACCCUCCAAUGCGUCACAAAAACCAAUACAGUUGAACGAAAAGAAAAAUGAAAUCUUCCUAGACAUUGUAGAGAGGAUUAAUCUUGUUAUGAACUCCAAAGGAGAAAUCGCCUAUUCGUAUGUUGAUGGGGUGAUUCUUAUUAAGUCCUACCUCCAGGGGAACCCCUUCAUUAAGAUCGCCUUGAAUGAGGACCUCUAUAUUAAGAACGUCCACUCGGACAGCACCAAUAACAUCAUAAUUGAUGACUGCAAUUUUAACCACCUGGUGAAUUUGUCUCAGUUCGAGCGGGAGAAGAUUCUUUCUCUUUACCAGCCCGAUGGGGAGUGCGUCCUCAUGAACUACCGGAUCAAUAACAACUUCAAGGCCCCCUUCCGCCUCUACGCGACCGUCACCUACGGCCCCAACCACACGGUGAGGCGGUCAAGCGGUGAAGCCGGUCAAGCGGUCGAGCUCUGCAUCCGCAUCCGCCUGGACAUCCCCGCGCAGUACACCUGCACGAACGUCUUCGUCAACUGCAACCUCUGCAAGCACAUAACCAACGUGCACCUGGACCUGAACAGCGCCUCAGACCUCUUCUCCGCGCAGUACAUCGCGAAUGAGCACCGCCUUCUCUGGACCAUUAAGAAGUUCAAGGUGGGGCUGUUCACCCCGCCCGGCGAGCACGAACACAGCAUACGCUCCAAAAUAACGCUGAGCCCCGGGUACACCUUCGCCAAGCGGGACUUCGGCCCGAUCUACAUCCUCUUCGAGAUCCCCAUGUUUAAUCUAUCCAAGCUGAGGAUCAAGUACCUGCGGAUCAUCGAGAGCUACAAGUCCAGCAACACCCACAGGUGGGUGCGCUACAUCACGCAGUCCUCCUCCUACGUCUACCGAUUGCACUGA